AUGGCUACUAGAGGCAUGAAUUUAUUCCUGGGGUUCCUGGAGACAGCUGCAGCUGUGUACCCCCCGGGACCCACAGCAGUUCGACAGCUGCCAGCACCACAAGGUAGUGGUGCAUUUCGGAGAAAUGUGGCACGGCAGAAGCAAAGACUGCCUGGUAUACCUUGGAACCUGCCCGUCCUGCCACAGCUGCAAGUCCCGACUGCUCAGCCAACCCAACAACAGCCACAAGCCCCAACAGCACAACCCACCCUACCACAGACGCAAGCCCCAACGGCCCAACCCAUCGUGCCACAGCUGCAAGUCCCUCCAACGGCACAACCCAUCCUGCCACAGCCACAGACCUCAACGGUGCAACAAACCCUGCCACAGUCGCAAGCCCCAAUGGCACAAACCACCCUGCCACAGUCGCAAGCCCCAAUGGCACAAACCACUCUGCCACAGUCGCAAGCCCCAACGGCACAACCUACCCUGCCACAGCCGCAAGCCCCAGCAGCCCAGACUACUUUAGCACAGCCAGCUGUGGGGCUGCAAGGCACUGCCAUGCACCAAUCACCCAAACUGCUGCUAAUUCCAGAACCAUCCACCGUGGUUGCAGCACAGCCUGGUGCAGCCCAGGCACCUGUGCUUCAGCAGGCAAACGCUGCGUACCAACUGGCACACGUGCCUUCAACAUCUGCUGCAUCAUUUGCUGGCUCAACCCUGCUCAGGUACCAAUGA